CAAGGUACGCUUAUAGUGUUGUCUUUGUGCUUGAGAGAGAGAGAGAGAGAGAGAGAGCUGCACACCACUCACCGUCUCUCUUCCCUUCUCCUUUUUAAACCCACCCGAUCCUCUCCCCUUCUACCCCUGAAGACCCUACCCUCCCCCACCUGGACGCCGAUCGAGACGAAUUCCAUUCUUGUGACCAAAGACGCCAGUUCUCGACUCUCCAGAACCUCCCUCUCCAGCUGAAGCAGCUUCGCCAUGGACUCUGAUGUGAUCGAAGGCGGACUCAAUGUCACCCUCACUAUCAGACUGCUGAUGCACGGCAAGGAAGUUGGAAGCAUCAUUGGCAAGAAAGGAGAAUCUGUGAAGAAGAUGCGAGAAGAGAGCGGUGCUCGCAUUAACAUCUCUGAAGGGAAUUGCCCAGAGAGGAUUAUCACGCUCGCUGGACCCACCACUGCCAUCUUCAAAGCCUUCUCGAUGAUCAUCGAAAAGCUGGAGGAGGACAUCAGCAGCGCGAUGACCAACAGCACAGCCACCAGCAGGCCCCCAGUGACCCUGCGCAUCGUGGUCCCGGCCAGCCAGUGUGGCUCGCUCAUUGGGAAGGGCGGCUGCAAGAUCAAGGAGAUACGAGAGUCGACUGGUGCCCAGGUUCAGGUGGCAGGGGACAUGCUUCCCAACUCGACAGAGCGCGCCAUCACCAUCGCUGGCACCUCGCAGUCCAUCAUCGAGUGUGUCAAGCAGGUCUGCGUGGUCAUGCUGGAGGUGAGUUCUCCUCCUAAGGGGGUCACCAUCCCGUACAGACCCAAGCCGUCCGGAUCGCCGGUCAUCUUCGCUGGCGGACAGGCUUAUACCGUUCAAGGACAGCACGCCAUUCCUCAGCCAGAUCUGACGAAGCUGCACCAGCUCGCAAUGCAGCAGAGCCCCUUCCCUCUGGCCCCAAGCAGCACCGGCUUCACAGCAGGGAUGGACGCCUCUGCCCAAGCCAGCUCUCAUGAGCUCACCAUUCCCAACGACCUGAUUGGCUGCAUCAUAGGCCGCCAAGGCGCCAAAAUCAACGAGAUCCGGCAGAUGUCUGGAGCGCAGAUCAAAAUAGCCAACCCGGUGGAGGGCUCCACCGACAGGCAGGUGACCAUCACUGGCUCCCCGGCCAGCAUCAGCCUAGCGGAGUACCUCAUCAACGCCAGGCUUUCAUCCGAAGCUUCUGGAUUGGGAUCCAACUAACCACGCAGUUCGGCACGCCCCCUGUCUGUACCCGUUUCCUUCAGUGUAGAUAACGCCGCUAUCUGCGAUCCAGAGUUUUAAUUCUUAUUACUUUUUAAAUUAGGCUCACGCCCACAUUU